AGGAGAAAGAGGCCUGCGCUGAGUGAGAAGCGGCCGUGGGGACUGUGCCACGCUGCUGGGUCUCCUCGUGAUUCUAGUGUUUUCUUGUGUCUUGGUUUGGCUGAUAUUUCAGCCCCAAGUUUAAGAAAGUGCCGGAAUUGAUGUAAAUGUGAUCAUGCUUCAGGAAUCCCAAGUUUAUAAUAUGAAUACCAGCCAACAAUUCUGUUAUAAAAAUGUGCUUGUCCCAAAGUGGCAUGAUAUAUGGACACGGAUACAGAUCCGGGUAAAUAGUUCCACAUUGGUCCGCGUCACCCAGGUGGACAAUGAAGAGAAACUGAAGGAGCUAGAGCAGUUUAGUAUCUGGAACUUUUUUUCCUCUUUUUUAAAAGAGAAAUUGAAUGACACCUAUGUUAACGUGGGUCUAUACAGCACAAAAACCUGCCUCAAAGUUGAAAUUAUAGAGGACACCGAGUACAAUGUCAUUGUGACCCGGAGAUUUGACCCCAAACUCUUCCUCAUUUUCCUCCUUGGACUUACAUUAUUUUUUUGUGGAGACUUACUGAGCAGGAGUCAAGUUUUCUAUUACUCCACGGGAAUGAGUGUGGGAAUUGUAGCUUCUCUACUAAUCAUCAUUUUUAUACUAUCCAAAUUCAUGCCCAGGAAAAGUCCCAUUUACGUCAUCCUGGUGGGAGGCUGGUCCUUUUCUCUGUACCUCAUUCAGCUAGUUUUUAAGAAUUUACAAGAGAUCUGGAGGUGUUACUGGCAGUAUCUUUUAAGCUACAUCCUUGCAGUUGGAUUCAUGAGUUUUGCAGUAUGUUACAAGUAUGGGCCCUUGGAGAAUGAACGAAGUAUCAACCUGCUGACUUGGACCUUGCAGCUGAUGGGCCUGGGUUUCAUGUAUUCCAGCAUCCAGAUACCUCACAUUGCCCUUGCCGUUAUCAUCAUUGCACUGUGUACUAAGAACCUGGAGUACCCUAUUCAGUGGCUGUACAUCACCUACAGAAAGAUGUGUAAGGCAACAGAAAAGCCUGUCCCCCCUCGUCUCCUGACAGAAGAAGAAUAUCGUAUCCAAGGAGAGGUAGAGACCCGAAGGGCUUUAGAGGAGCUCCGAGAAUUUUGUAACAGCCCAGACUGCUCUGCUUGGAAGACAAUUUCUCGAAUCCAGUCUCCAAAAAGAUUUGCUGACUUUGUAGAAGGUUCUUUCCAUCUCACACCAAAUGAAGUUUCCGUCCAUGAACAGGAGUAUGGAUUAGGGAGCAUUAUUGCCCAGGAUGAGGAAGCAUCUUCUGAGGAGGAAGACUCAGGUUCUCAGCACCUCAUUGCCAUACAGAACAAUUUCCUGACUUAAGUGUGGUGGUCGUUUAUUUUCAUGAAGACUGACUUGGUGCCUUAGUGGCACCAAGUGGCAAGUGCUGUGCAUUUCUACCAGGCCUUUAUAGCACAUUGAAGGAUAGUGCACAAAUUAAAUGAGAGGCCUGAGUAUAUCUUUCUGGGAAUGAUCUUGGUGGUCUCUGUGGGUUCCCUAAGGAAGGAGAGUAGAUAAAGUCAAUGCUGUGGUAGUUUGCUUUCUGUAUGUUAAGCUAUUAGCCCACUUUUCUGUUCCUAAAAAAACUCUGGAUGGCUGGAGCCAGCAUGGCAUUCUAGCGCCUCUUUGAAAGUUGAUUCAAUUGUGACAUUUCUGUCACUGUGACUAGCCCUCUAAAAUAAGAAUUGUAAGUGUAGUAGGGCUUUUAGACCAGAGGCUGCAUCUGCCAGAGAUAAGUCUAUAAGUCUGAGCAUUCUUCACUUCUACUUUUAUUUCAGUGACUUUAGAAUAAUCCUUGAUUUAAUUAUUUUGAAAGGAAAAUGGACUUUUGUCUGUCUUGUUUUUUAAACAAAUGUAUUUUUAAAAAUGUAUCAAACUCAUGUUCCAGAACCAGCAGAUGUCCCAGAGUGACAAGACUGAUUGGCCCCCAGAUAUUUAUUUAUAUGGAUUAUCCAUUAAAGCCCUAGGAGCUGUUGUAUUGAGCUUGGAAUUAGUUUUCACACAUGUGGUAUUCUGAGUCCUGCUUGCUUUUAGUAACAUGCCUAUAGGUUCUUCUCUAGGUAAGAGCUCUUGGACUUUUUAUUUCAUUCAACAUUUAAUUCCAUUUAAAAAUAUAUUUGCCUUUCCUCUUCCCUUUCCUCCUUGAACUCCUUUUCCCUUUCAGGAAGAGUCUAUUGCAUACAGUUUAGAGUUUGUCUCAUUUCUUACCUCAUCUUCCCCUUGGCUUAUAUAGCAUUAUUCUUGCUAGCCAGGAGAAGUGAUGAUGUUUACCCCAUUUUUUUCUCUCAUGGGUCACACAUCGUUGAUUUGCUAUGGAACCAAGAAAUUAUCUCCUUUCCCUUUUUCUUCCUUUAUAUACCCAUUCUACCUAUUCCUUUCAGUCUUUCCUUACUACCUGCCCUCUCCCAAAUCUGGCUAAUUUGUUGAGUCAGGCUAGUUUGAACCAUCUGUGAAGUUUCUUGAUUUACUAUUUGUAGCUAUUUAAGUGCCAUAAUUUGCCUUGCCAGGAAAUAGAUCUCCAGGUUAUCUUUAUGCCUCUGAUGCUCAUUUAGCCAUUAGGAUAAGACACAUUUUCCCAAAAUUUACCAUAUUUAUUUGUAAUUCCAUUUCUCACCAGAGGUUCAUCCUACCUUUUGUUAUAGUGGCAUUAAUUUCAGAUUCCUUUGCCAUUGGAAAGUACCCUUAUGCCAGCAAUGUCAUUUAUGAGGGAGCAAAUUCCUAAGUGUCAUUUGCUUGGUUCUUUGUGAUCCUCAUCCUUGAACCUUGGAAAAAGCUGUAAUUCCUUUAGCUAGGAAGAUAGACACUCAUGGCAGGUACACAACAUUGAAUUUCCUGGUGUAUCAUGAUCAUGGAGAAGAAAGAUAAUCUUUUAAAAGCUUUAUGAUUUCCUCAGACCAGCCAUUAGCAUGUAGUUUUGAAAGGCCCAAGGCUCCAUUGCUAACUUCUAAAAUGUCAGCUCUGAGACUCCCCUCCAGGUGGCCAGUUGAUUAUUUCCACUAGUGUUCUCUGGAGCCUUAAACUGUCCUAAAGUGACAACUACCUCAGUUGGCAAAGAGAUAAAUAAUAGAAAGUGAAAGUGAGCAGUAUUUGGGCAGAUAUGGGUUAAAAAUCACAGAGUACAAGAACUUUAUAUUGGGAAACUUUUAUGCCUUCGUGAAUUAUGUACAUGGUAAAAUUUUAUUCCUCUACAAAGAACUACUAAAACCUCCAAGGGGCUAGAGAUGUAGCUCAAUGGAAGAGCACUCGCCUAACAUGUAUGAAGCCCAGGGUUCAAUCCCUAACACCAAACACACACACACACACACACACACACACACACACACACGUAAAAACAAAAAACCUCUGAAGUGUUCUAUUUUUUGACCUUAUUUUUUUUUAAAUAUUUUUUUAGUUGUCAAUGGACCUUUAUUUUACUUAUUUAUAUGCGAUGCUAAGAAUCAGACCCAGUGCCUCACACAUGCCAGGCAAGCAAUCUACCACUGAGUCACAACACCAGCCCAAUUUUUGACCUUAUGUAUAGAAAUUGAGACCUAGCAUAUGUGAACAUAAGUUGAUUUGAAGAAAUAAUUCAGCUUUAUGCGUGGUCUCGGGACUCUAUGGAGACUUUGGUGCCUUCCCCAAAAUAACUCCUCAAGAGGUGGUAGCUUGCCUCUAAGGCGACUUCCUGACUCAUGUCUUUGUUUUUGUGAGAAAGGCAUUGUGAAAUUAGAAAGGGUCUUCAUCUUUUCUGUAUAGUAAACUCCUUGUGAAAUAUAGUUUCCAUAUCAAGACCAAUUUUUCACUGUGCUAGAAUUUGGGGUGAGUAAAAUCAAACUCAUUUUAUUACUCCCUGUCUGGUAGUUGGAGAACUGAGCUGCAGGUGCUGGAAAUGACAGUUAUCCUGCAGGAUGAGAGUUGCUUUCAAGACAGUGAAGGAUAGUGCCUCUUUGGUGUGGUGCAUGUCCUUGCCCUGCCUGCUUGUGUGGCUAUACUUCAGAGCCUCUGUUUGCCUGAAGAUUGCUUGACUCUGUAAACCUGCUUUAGGAACUGCUCUUGUCUCCCUCAUGGCCACUUAGUCUGCUGGCUCAGUCACUACUUGAAGCCCCUAUUUAAUUUUCUCUGGCAGUUAUAGCUCUUGCAAUUUCAGCACAGUCUCAUCUCUCAGACCAAUCUCAUCAAGAAGGAUUGAAGGGAUAACUGUGGGGUGAGCUGGACAUCGGAGCCACGUCUGCUGCCACGUCAGCGUCUUGCUUGGCAAAUAUCAAGCUGUAAAUUGGCUCCAGGGCUCAGGGUCUCAUCAACAUUGGAAAUCUAUUGCCUCUAAUCGGUCUGACAAAGUUGUGUAGAGCAUGACUCCCAUUAAUGGAAACACAAAGAGGCAACUAGCCUAAAACAUUUUCCUUUCACUUCCUUACUCAUUAUUUUCAUGAGAGCAACAGAACACAUUACCAAAACCAAACUUACGAACUCUGAGAUCUUCUAAUAAGAAAUUCCUAUCAGUCUGCAUCACACCAAAAGUAAUUUGUUUCUUCCCCCAAAUUUGUGAUUUUUAUGUCUUUUGCAAAGGAAUUUCUGCUGAUGAUAGCUUUUUGGGUCCCACCUGUACCAUUCUGUGACAGUAUAUCCUAUUCUAGGGGCUAGCCCUCAUCCACUGUGUUCCCUUUAACUCAGUCUCCACUUGGCAUAUCUGUUAGAGGUUUGAUGAAUUGAAGGACCCAAAUAGUGCCCCCAGGUCCUGAUAUCCAUAAAAUAAAAGGUUUGGGAAUGGAUUAUGUAAUUGGCCCUCAAUCUUUUUGUUGUUACACACACACACACACACACACACACACACACACACACACAAAGAUGGAUGCCUGCAUAAAAAUGGUCCCUAACUAUGUACUCAUAACUCUUUUUUGAAUUGAGUGGUGAAGUAUUCCUUUGGACUCAGGUCUGACAUGUGAGAUAAUAACCUAUAUUAAAAUGCUAAGAAUUUUAUAUAAACCAAGGAAAAGACAGUGGAACAGACUUAUUGUGCCCUAACAUUAUACCGGUAUUGAAACCAAGUAGUAAACCAAGUAAAUAACCAUUUCUUAAGACCAAUGCACCCAAAACAAAUGCUUCUUUUUCUGUGUAGCAUAAAUUAUUAUUUUUUCCUCAUUAGAGGAACCUAUGCAAUUAUGGUGACCCAAUGGUGUGUUAGUGACUUACCUUAUGGAUUCAGGUUGUUAUUGAGUUGGAUUCUUGACAGUACUACCUUGAAAAGGGUGUUUGGUGCCUUACCUUGCAAGAGUCAGAGCUUCCUGGGAAUAAAAUUUUAAAAACCAGAUUCAUGCCAAUGUCAACCUGCAUCUUUAGCAGGAAUGGGAGUGGUCACACAGACUUCCUAAAUGUGCAGCUUUGGUCUUCCAUAUACUCUGCCUGUGUGUAUUAUCCUCCUCUUUCACAUUCUUGAUGAUGACUUGAAAAUGUUGAAAUCACUUUUUUUGUACUUCCCUAUAGCAUGAGCAGCAUUCUUAGGUUAACAGACAGCUCAUAAUGUGAAUUUUAGAAAGUGUUCCAGCCUGCAGUUGCCUGUUUCCUAUAUUUAUGGAAUUAAUGUUGAAAUAACAGGGCUAAGAAAUUACUGUGUGAGUUUUAUCCUGCAGGUGAUGCCUUAGUAUUACUUAAAGAAAAGAUUUGUCAUUUAUAUUUAAAAUAAAUGUUCAUGAAUGUUUGAAAGGAAAAACUAUCAGGGAUGGCUCUUUGCCAUGGGUCUUAUUUUGCCCACCUUUCUGUAUGAAAAAAUAAUGAUGUUUUAUGUAUUUUUUCAUUUGUAUUAUAUGGUUUGUAAGUAAUCCCAAUUUUAAUAAAGUUUUAUAGACUA